AUGAAGUUAGUAUACUUACUAUCACUCCUACCAUUCACAGUGGCAGAAGUCUUUCCACAAACCAAAAACUCCAAAUCACCAACAGUCAUCCCAUUCCAAAAAGGUGAAUCAUUACCAAUUUCAUGUAUAUCAAGAAAUAUCGAUAAUGGUGAACAUAAAUUUGACGAAAAAGAUAAUAUCAUAUAUGAAUCAUUCCCAGUAUGUCAAGAAACUGGUGAACCUUUUACAUUAAAAUAUGGUGAAUCUGGAGUUAAAAAUUGUACAAUCACAUUAACUGAUGAAAUUUAUCAUCUUUUCCAAUUAUAUAUUCAUCAAGAUGUACCAUUUUCAUGUCGUUUACCAUAUUCCAAGAAUAAAGAUGGAAUUUCUAUACCAUUAACUUUAAAUUUUAGAGGUAUUAUUGAAACUAGUCAUUUAGAUAUUGAUACUACAAUGAAUAUCUUGGUUCAUAGUGGAGGUGAACAAGGUUCAAUUAUAAGUUCAAUUGGUUAUAGUGCUGGUGCUAAUGUAUCAAGAUAUAUUAUUGGAGAUUCAAUGCCAAUAAGGUUUCAUAUUAAUUGGUUUGAUGAAUAUCAUUUAUCAAAUGAUUUAGGACAUUUUGAUUUAAGUUUAGGUUAUGAUUUUAAUAUAAUUGUUUAUAUUAUAAUUGGUGUUGCUUUAAUUUCUGGAUUAUUAGUUUAUGCUUUGAUGUAUGGUGUUUUCAAUAAGAAAUUGAUUAAAGAAUUAGGUUAUAAACCUGGAUAUUCUACAGAAUUAGGUAUUGAUAAAAGAGAUUAG